UACGGAUGGUCAAUUAAGUGAUUAAUGAUCUUACAAUUGAUUUAUGCUAGCUGUUACUAAUUAACGACCUUUAAUUUAGAGAGUUACGAAACUAUAAAAGUAGGAAACAUGAACAUCUGUUUUGGUGGAAUUCUGUUGGUGUAUUUGACGGGUGUUAUUAAUGCUAAGCCAAGGAACAAAUGGCGUUUCAAAGUAAAAUUGCCGAUGGAUAUUUUAGCGACACAGGAGAGUUUGGAUGAAAUGAAAAUGGACAUCGACAGUAAAUUGGAUGAACUGAAAGCAACGGUCAAUAUGCAAUGUGAAGCAAAUACGAUGUUGGAAAAACAAAUUGUGAGAUUCACAUCUGAGAACCCAAAAGCUGAUCACAUGUACGGAAGUUUGAGUGGAGAUUUGACGAGAUCUACUAAAGCUGUGAUUGUGAUUCAAGAGAAUCUAGGAAUGACUAAUGAGAUAACUGAACGUGCUUUGAAGAUUGCUAAACUCGGCAACUUUGUGACACUUGCAGUGGAUCUGUAUAGAGGUGACAUAGCACAGAAUCGUGACGAAGCUCGUAAAAUUAGCGGUGAACUUUCAUGGGACGGAGCAGUCAAGGAUAUUCAGGGGGCAGCUAGGUAUCUCAAGUCAAGGGGGAUUAGAAAGGUUGGUGUAACCGGUUUCUGCUUCGGAGGAGCGAUGACAUUGGCAGCCGCAUCAUUGACUGAUCCCGAUCUCAUAUCAGCAGCCGCUCCAUUCUAUGGAAUACCAAAUGCGGAUAGAUGCGGGUGUGACCUUAACAAUAUCGCCAUACCCGUACAAGGGCACUUCGGCGAGAACGACACUGCGAUGGGAUUCUCCUCUCCGGCGGAGGCUGCGAAUUUGGAAAUGCUACUGAUGAAUAUAAGUAAUGAAAACGUGGUAUAUAUGUACAGAGGUGCAGGCCAUGGGUUCAAUAGGAUUGGCGGCACUAACUAUAACCAACCGGCGGACGAGUUGUCCUUGGAGAGAUUGGUGGAGUUCAUGAACAAUCAUCUCAUGUGAUUAAAUGUGUUGGUAAAUUGAAAGUUCAUUUCAAACACAGUAAAAAUUAUAAAUAAAUUACUGUGAGCAUAAUA